AUGUCGGACGAAUCUCUACCGAUUCCACGCAAGCCGCUUACCGCACCUAAGAAGUUCUUAACCAGACAUUCCAGCCAGCUCAGUGCCGAUUCGCCAUUAUACGAUGCAUCAGAAGAGGAUAAUGACGACUUGGACUCUGCAUCGACCGUAUCUGUUCCGCACGUGCGCAACCACCACAUACCUACAUCCCCUCUCGCCCACAGUGCCAGGACACGCGCAGCAGCACGUACCGCAUCCGGCCCAAACCGCCACGCUACCAGUCAUCUUGCGAUUGAAUCUGACACUGGCGUAGAUAGCCCCACCUACGACGGAGAUAUCGAGUCUUCAACGGCCGCCCCAACCCCCACCAUGCGCGCUACCGAACCAGACGCUGUCACUGGCGCUCCGAGUCUAAACCUUCCCAGUCGCCAGUCCUCGACACUGAGCUCGAUGGACACACCUGUUAGUGGUAAACCCUACUCCGAGAGGGUUAUUCCUACCGGGCCUGUGUCUCCUUUGCCACCAGUAACGGCCGCGCCUACACACCCCGGAGAGACGGAAACGGUGGUCAAGAACCCAGACGAUGCGAUGCUCAGCCCUGCAGAUAUAAUUGCAUUCGUCCAAGCUGCAAUCGACGGGACCGUCAAGGAGCGUACUUACCGUACAAACCCACCUCCGACAGGGAGACCAGUAAGAAUCUACGCGGAUGGGGUCUAUGAUCUUUUUCAUUUUGGCCAUGCGCUACAACUUCGUCAGGCAAAGCUUUCUUUCCCCAACGUGCACUUGAUCGUGGGUGUCUGUUCUGAUGCUCUGGUCGAGCAACAUAAAGCUCCGACAGUAAUGACCCAUACCGAACGAUGCGAGUGUGUAAGACAUUGUCGAUGGGUCGACGAAGUGGUUGCAGACGCACCUUGGGUAGUCACCCAAGAAUUCGUAGAUCUUCACAAGAUUGACUAUGUUGCCCAUGAUGAAGACCCGUAUGCUGGAAGCGACGGAACUACGGAUAUCUACCAAAUGCUCAAGGACCAAGGUAAAUUCCUCCCAACGAGACGAACCCCUGGAGAAUGGGACCCUAAACUCGUCCGGUCCGGAUACCCAGAGCUCCAGUCCACGUCAAUGCCAGGAACACCCCAACUACGGUCCCGGGCACAUACCCCACCGCCUCACAGCCCACUGGGAGGGCUAGGAUCACCUUUGAAGACUUUAACUUCUGCGAUUACUGCGAUCGGAAAGGCUGCGGGUGGGUCUGGGACGAUUAGCCCUCACAAGUUGGACUCGCCUGCCAAGACACCUCCAGCCGUGUAG